CCUGCAGAUAUAAUAAGGUGUGUUGCGUCCGGCUGUGAUUCGAAGGACGGUACACUCUAAUUGAGAGAUGUCGUGCAAAAACCCAAAGAAUCUUUUCUGCUUUGUGUGCGGCGCAUACACGCCUUCCCACCACAAGCGAUCAAUCAUGACGAGGCCACUAUUGGAAGCGUACGAGCAAUAUUUUUUAGCACGCACCAGCAAGGAAAAUUACACCCAUGGGCCGCCCUCGGUAUGCAACAUAUGUAACAAUGCACUGCUCCGCUGGAAAAGCGGUAUGUGCCAUAAACCCGAUCUCCCAUUUGUGAUACCGAUGCUUUGGAGCUCACCUGAGGAUCACGUCACAGACUGUUUCUUCUGUCUUACACGUGCUGACGUACCAUCCGGAAACGUGCGCAUGAACGCGCUCUACCAUUUUAAAGUCGAAUAUCCCAUAGUUAGGUCCGCUAUCCGGCCAAAAAUCUUCGCUUCAAAGAACUCUCACCAGAAAACCGUUGUUCAGUUAGCACAUCAGACGCGUUCCGAGUCACCAUUGCCAAUCGUUGAAAACGAUUCAAAUGAACCGUUGCUGCUGAAGACGGUGAACAAUUUCAGAUAUCCCCCGGAUACCGUAUCACAAAAAAACUUGCAACCGCAAGGUACAGUACGAGAUAAGACUAUGAGAUCGUCUGUGGGAAUUAGCAGUCUGAAGAGAAAGAUUCACUCGGAAGCUAUGUAUGACGUGACAAAAAUUUGCCUGCCAGACUCUAAACCGACAGUUGUGCUGGAACAAUCAGAAAAACUGCUUCCAUCGUCGGGCUUGCAACACGUUGCUCCGAAAUCGGUGGCACCAAAUAAUACAUCUUCACCGAAGAUCCUGAAUGUGUAUUCACUUCACAAAGCUGUUGUAAAACUAGACUGUAAUACAUUGCAACCGUCAGUAAAGAAAGAAGCUGAACCUGUUAUGAUCGAAAUCAUGGAUGAUGAUGACGAGGUCAACAGCGCUUUAGGAACAAAUAAGGACGAAAAUGUCAAACUGAUACCCACGUGUCUGGGGACGCGGCUAGAUGAUGGCUUGAAUAACCAGGAGCCCCUGAGACCGAGACAUGAAAAGAUAAUUUCAAAACAAGAACAGCUACUUCCGAAGCAGGAAUCAUUAGUUCCUAAACAGAUGUCAGAAAUGAAAACAGAACGGACCCAGGAAAUAGGAAAUUGUUCAGUAGUGGAGCAAAAGUCACACACGCAAAACCCUGUCGCAGUGCCAACGAUCGGCAACAUUACAAAUCUUUCGUCUACAGUUAUACCUAACGGUUUGGUAGUGGUGAAAAGGUCUCGGAUCAUUAACAGCCCGGAGGAACAGCCGGCAGCAUCACCACAGCCAACGUCCCCAGCAAUAACGUCAGAAAUCGAAGGACCACACCGUAUCACGCAGUCGGAACUGAUAUUGUUGCUGCGCGAGCUUGAACUUCCGAAGGAUAAGUCAGCUGUUCUGAUUGAACGAUUAAAGCGAUGGAACUUGCUUGCACCUCAGUUAGUUGGAUCGCACCGUGCCCGGAACGACGAAACUCGAUCAGAAGAGCAUUCCGUACGGCAAACUGCUUCGGUUUCGCAAACACAAACAAAACCAGCUCAAGGGGUACCAGUUUCUGCCUUUACGCCCGUUGUAUCAUCGCUGGUAAGAAGGAAAGACAUUCAGAUACGCAGUACACGUACGGGGAACAGAAUCCUUGCUUCACCGAUCGUAUCCGCUGGUAAUAACAAAAUUAAAAAAUCAGCCGAAGUAGUAACAGCUGUGAAACACAUGAUUGAAAAGCAAACCUCCCAACAGCCACGAUGGAUCGCCAUUAAAACGCGCGGAUACAGCGGAUAUCCGCAAAAGACCACAAAGAGGUCCACUUCCAACACCAGUUGA